ACUCCAACACAAACCAUUAAGCGAUCAAACAACUAAAUUAAAAAAAAAUCUUGAGAGAUUCUUGGAACACAAGAAAAACAUGAAACCUAGAAUGUGUUUAAUCUUGUUUAUUGCUUUAAUGAGAGUAAUGUCGAUUGUUUCUGCUCAGUCGAGUUGCACAAAUGUUCUAAUCAGCAUGGCGCCGUGUCUCAGCUUCAUCACUCAAAACACUUCUCUCCCGUCUCAACAAUGUUGUAACCAGUUGGCUCAUGUUGUCCGGUAUUCUUCUGAGUGUUUGUGUCAGGUUCUCGAUGGUGGAGGUUCUCAGCUUGGGAUCAAUGUUAAUGAGACACAAGCUCUUGCUUUGCCUAAAGCUUGUCAUGUUGAAACUCCUCCUGCUAGUCGCUGCCAUAGUGGUUCUUCGGUUAAUUCACAUUCAGAACAUGGAAAUGGAUCAAAAACAGUCCCAAGAGAAAAGUCAUCAUCUGAUGGUUCUAUUAAGUUCUCAUUCCCUCUUCUCGCCAUCCUAUUCACAGCUUCUUACAUUACAUUAAUCUACGCAAAAUACUGACUUAUUUUACCAAUAAAGCUUUUGGCCUCUUUGAAGAACAUAUUCAUUUUUAGUCUCUAUUAAAUCGCGGUGUAUUGUGCUGAAGUAUUUUGUGCUCUAAAUCCCUACUUUCUAGGUGAUAUUGGUUUGUAGUCCAAAGAGUGUGAUUGUAUAUCUUUGAUUUAUGCAAUAAACAUUAUUUUCUAGCUAGGA